UCUAGUCUGACGUCGUGUCUUUACCCGUUCACGGGAGGAACGCGGUGAAAGUGUCAAGCAUCGAGCGUAUCUAAAGAUCGAUUGCAUGUGAAAUGCAUGUUGCGGAUCCAACAAGCGCUUGGGCUUUGUGUUGCAAUAUCCACUAUGUCUAACGGUGCUUUGUGUGCGCAGGUUGAUCGGCUAGUCUGUGUGCGUGUUUGUCUGUACUCAUGAUGGCAACUCAGGCAGUUGGCCAAACAACUGCUCAGGAGGACACAGUCAUUUCAACAAGUUCGACUGUUGUAGUAACAUCAGCGACUGCUUCUACAGCUGCAACAAAGAAACCAAAUUAUAUUCUCAAGUUUACACUGACAGGUCACACCAAAGCUGUGUCAUCAGUCAAAUUUAGUCCUGAUGGUGAGUGGCUAGCAAGUUCUUCUGCAGAUAAAUUGAUUAAAUUAUGGGGAGCUUAUGAUGGGAAGUUUGACAAGACUUUGUCAGGUCAUAAACAGGGAAUCUCAGAUGUGGCAUGGUCGAGUGAUUCUAAACUACUUGUAUCUGCAUCUGAUGAUAAGACUCUUCGUAUUUGGGAAGCGGCCACUGGCAGGUGUCUCAAGACUAUGAAGGGACAUACUAAUUAUGUGUUUUGUUGCAACUUCAAUCCUCAAUCCAACUUGAUUGUUUCUGGUUCAUUUGACGAAAGUGUGAGAAUCUGGGAUGUUCGGACUGGGAAGUGUCUAAAGACACUACCAGCUCACUCUGACCCUGUGUCUGCAGUUGAUUUUAAUCGUGAUGGUUCAUUGAUUGUUUCUUCUAGUUAUGAUGGUUUAGUGCGGAUAUGGGACACGGCAUCUGGCCAGUGUCUUAAAACUCUAAUUGAUGAUAACAACCCCCCUGUGUCAUUUGUACGCUUCUCUCCUAAUUCAAAGUACAUUCUGGCAGCAACACUGGACAACACAUUGAAGUUAUGGGAUUUCAGCAAAGGCAAAUGUCUUAAAACGUACACAGGACACAAGAAUGAAAAGUACUGUAUUUUUGCAAACUUUUCAGUGACAGGAGGAAAGUGGAUUGUGUCUGGCUCCGAAGAUAACCUCAUUUACAUUUGGAAUCUUCAGACCAAAGAAGUGGUUCAAGCUUUGUCUGGUCAUAAUGAUGUUGUUUUAUGUUGUGCAUGCCAUCCAAGCGACAACGUUCUUGCAUCUGGAGCUUUGGAGAACGAUAAAACUGUCAAAAUUUGGAAGUCUGAUUCAUGAACUGGGAGGUAUCUGAUGUAAAUUUGCUUCACUUGCGAUUCUGUACUAAGGUGCACAGCUCUUUUCGAGUAUUGUAUGUAUAGUAUGUUCUAUAUUAUCAUUAUUAAAAGCAUUGUGGUGGGAGACCUGCAAAAAAGUUUUAUUUACAA